CGCAGUUAUUGAUAUAGUAUGAGAAGCUUCAGUAAUUUGAAGAGACUUUUGGCGUGCGUAAAAGCCCCAUAUAUUACAUAGGCUACCCCCAAUCAUAUAUGGUGGCCAGUAUUUCUGAUAGCAACUCAACUUUACUGUGGAGCUCGCUUGGUCGUGUAAGUGAUGCAUGUACAACCCGAACCCUAACCCGAAGACAGCCAUCAUUCAUUGCCCAAUGCAGUUCGCGAUUUGACUUCGCGACUCUCCAUCCUCCAGCUUCAUCUUGCGCCAGCUACUCAGUUUUCAACAAAAGCAGACCGACAACAGUCAAUCAACUUCAAAGACGACCUCCAGUCGACAAACAAUCAUGUCGCAUAUGAUUAACCCCCUGGCGACGCCAGAACAGCUCUACCAACGGCGCUCCUUCAGCGCGCUUCCAACAGAGCUGCAAGACGCCAUCUUCUUUUCGACCCAGUGCCUCACCCAAGCAGCCGGUCUGCUCCUCCAGCUCCCGCAAUCUGUCACAGCCCAGGCGAACGUCCUCCUCGCGCGAUACUGGCUAAUUGAACCCAUGGUAUCCCACGAAUUCAGCGACAUCUCAGCCGCCUCCGUUUACCUAACCGCCAAACUAUCUCCAUACCCUCGCUCCCCGCGCGACCUCGCCCUCGUCUACAACUACCUCCUCUCUCCCUCCUCGACCUUCUUCCAGCCGUCCGUAUCCGCGUCCGACGACUCACCACCACCACCACCACCACCACCAACCAACAUCCCAAACGACUACUACCUCCCCGAACACGUCUACAACUCCUUCCAAACGCGCCUCCUCCACUGCGAAUCUCGCAUCCUGUACGCGCUCUCCUUCGACACGCACGUCUCCCUCCCCCACCCCUUGGCGAUAACGUACCUCCAAGCCCUUGACUUCCUCAACACCUCCAAGUCCACGAUAUCGAAACGAACGCUCGCGUAUCUCAACACGGCGCUCUUGUCGCCGCAGAUGCUGUACCUUACCAGUCAGCCGAACGCGCUGGCCGUGGCGGCUAUCUACAAUGCCGCUAAGGAUGUGGGCGCCAAGAUGCCCGAGUGCGAGUGGUGGGAGGUGUUUGAUGUGGAUCGGGAGGAGCUCGGGUUCUUGGUGGUGGGGAUGAGGAGCGUGGAGGGGUGGGGGAGGAAGAUGAGGGAGGAUGUGGAGAGGAUGAAGGCGGAAUCGGAGAGUGGUAAAAGAGGGGGGAUGAUUACUAGGAGGGAUAUAGAGGGUGAACUAAGGAGGAGGGGGUUGAGUGUUGGGAAUGGUUACGGUGGGAACACUGGUGUUGGAUCUGAAGAGGUGGUUGAUAUGGAGGCAGACAUGGCUAGGAGGAUGGAUGAGAAAAUGGCAGAGAUUGAGGGCAGUGCUUCCUGAUGUGUUCUGCCAGAACGACAUUGUUUAACAUGGUGGAAUUCAAGACAGCGGGUCGACUGAAGAAGCGACACCAGAGAGAAGUUUGAUGGAUGAAAGACCACGAUCGAGUUACCAAAGAUACCCAAUGUUUUGAACGAAAAGCAGUCAGCAGUUCUAGAGCGUUUUGAAGUGUUCAGUUAGUCUUGCACUUGGUGCACGUGUCCCAUCCUUUUUCAAUCCAGGUUCAGAUUGAUCCUCU